CAGCCGAGCAAACCGUCGUCGGUGCAACAUCGUGUGUACUCCCGAGGACGCGUGAACGACCGUAUCGUUCAUCCAAACCUUUCCGUUAACCUGGCUGGGAAAGACGAAAGGAAAUCGCCAGUUUCCUCGAGUUGUCGUGGUUACGAAAAGUGAUUUUUUUUGUGAACGGGAGAGAAUCGUGCGUUCAGUGAUAUGUGAUAGGAGACUACGCAUAGGACAAGAACUAGAAACUCAUAAGUAUCUGGUUACGUUUAACUAUGGCAGAAGACGAUGUUCUGAAGUAUUGAAAAUCGCGCGAGUUCGCCGUUUCUCUUUGUGGCCGCACCUUGGGGACCAAGGUUCACCAGUGCGACUCGUGUUGAAGGACUUCUGUCGUAGAUUCGUUGAGAAGGUAGUGACCGUGUACGGGGUCACCGUGCAAGGGUUCAGUUACCUCUAUGACAGACAUUAGCAGCGUCGGUAUGGUUUCCUAUUACAAUCAACUGGCUAUGUAUCGGCAGCAGCCGCAGCCAACCAUGCAACAGCCGUUGAUGCAGCAGAUCCAGCAGCAUGGACCGGCGCAACAGGCUCAGCAACACGCGGCCAACACGUCUCCCGACGGCAGCCAACAAUAUUGGUACGGGUAUCCCCAUGGACACACGCACGCGGGCCAUCAUCAUCAACCAGGUGGUGGCCAACAGUAUCUGGAUCACGAGGUACUGUCCGGCUGGCCGCACUCGCACGCACACCACUACUCGCACCUACAAUACCAGCAUCACCAGACAUACCAGCAGCAUCAACAGCAGCCACCCCAGAUAACCGGGCUGACGGAAUGGAGCGGAGACGAAGGUCAGACCGCUGUCGGCGCUGGCGAACCCAGCCCGCCGAUCACAGUCAGCGGUAGCGAAAUCAGCAACCCUGGCACGCCGUCUACUCCGCCGGCAAAUAACAAUAAUAAUUCUAUCACUGCAAAUAACAAUAACAACACCACGCCUAUUAGACCGACGCAGAUCAGGAGUCCUUACGAGUGGAUGAAGAAGACUUCGUAUCAGAGUCAGCCAAAUCCAGCGUGCAACAUAACAAACUCUGUCGGAGAUGUAAUUUCAGCAUAUCAUGACGCUUGCACCCUUGAUGCCCUCGGAAAAACUCGAACAAAAGACAAAUAUAGAGUGGUCUAUACGGAUCAUCAGAGGUUAGAGCUUGAGAAAGAGUUCCACUACAAUCGUUACAUUACGAUCCGCCGUAAGGCAGAGCUUGCAGCCACUCUUGGACUCUCUGAACGACAGGUGAAGAUAUGGUUUCAAAAUCGGCGGGCGAAAGAGAGGAAGCAAGUGAAGAAACGUGAGGAAUUAGAGCAGAAGGAUACGAAACCGGUCGAAGGUGUACCGACCGGCGCGAUGGCCGCGCUGAACCUCGGAGGAAUGGGAGGGACGCUCGGUGGUUUGAUGCAGAACGAGAGCUCGCCGCCCUUGGUCCUCGGUCAAUCGGGGCACGGGUUGAGUCUGAGCCAUUCGCCCGGCUCCCUGCACACGCAUCUCCAUCAGCACGCCCACCCGCACACUGUGUUGGGCUUGUGACCUCAAGAUCCAAUGGUCACCAAUGCUUGGUCCAGCCACGGCUGACCUAGCUUUAUCCCCUUGUCCCUUAUUUCAUUUCAUUCUCUAUUUCUUUUCCGUAGGCUCGAUACACAAUGUCGGUCCACAAACUGUCCGCAGAAAAUUCUUUCCUUAUCGAUUGUUUCCGACGAUGCAUCGGCAUGCAUUACGUGAAUAACUGAAGACUAUUCUAUUAUCGAGAGAGCAAACCAAUACUAAACUGCCAAUGUGUAUCGAGUCUUGCAUUCAGCGAUUCGCUGGCGGUGAGUGCGACGAUGGCAGAUCGUCGACGCAUAGUACCCUGCCUGUCCACCGUAGAAAGGAGGAGGAAAACCGGAAUCGGUGGAAACGUUAUUGAGAUGAGAUACUCCAAUAACACACGAGUAACAGAAAAACAAAAAAAAUCUUAAUGUUAAGUCGCGAUUCAGGGAUUGUUCCUGCUUUCGCCGGGUCGUUCUAUUCAUUGGCCCAAGCGAAAACGUUGCCCGACGUGUUUUCGUUUCGUAAAACACUACGAAGACCGGAAUACGCGUUCGAAUCGUCCGAAGAUCGUUUGCGGUUUGAAUGCCGUGCGAAUUUUCGUUUUUACGAAAUCCGAAGUGUGUGCGUGUCUAUGUGUGUGCGUGUGUGUGUGUGUGUUCGGUUUGCCCAACGAUUGCUGGCGGCUCGAGUAUCGUUUGAAUUUCAAUUUUCAUGAAAACUGAGAUCCGCGUGCGACUCGAGUACAAGAAUCGUUGAAGACUCGAAUCUUCUUCUUCGUCCGAAUUUCGUCUUUACAAAAAAUCGGAUCGCGUGUUUAAUCCGUCCAACGAUCGCGACAGAUUUGAACUCUGUGUUUCUUGAGCGUACCGAAAUCUUUUCGUCACCUGUUUUCGCUGAUGGGAGAAGGGUGUGGGAUGACGUUAACGAUCUCGGGAGUUCGUCGUCACUCGCGGCGCGUUGUAUACAGUAUUAUUUUCGAUUUCGCUAGAACGAAGUUCCGUUUACGAAUCGUUUCCUUCGUCUUUCCUACAAUUAUAGUUUUAUUGUUCGUUCGAUUCGAAACGAUCCGGUGCUCGACUCAAGCCAGCUUCCGUUGUACUCGCCGGAUUCUGUCUUCGGGAAGAGUUUCUCGGACUCCGAUGCAGAGGAGUUUUGACGAGAGAAGGAGGAAAUAAUUCUGAAGAAUGGAAAAAAAUGUGCAAUGUUUGCCUUAAACCGUGAGCCAUUAGUAUAUACUUCUAAUGAGUGAUUGCGUCGAAUGAGAUUAGAGAAUAUUGAACACGUUACACGUUAGUUUAGCUUAGAAGUAAAAAGAAAAUGGGGGAUACAUAAGCAUAGAAACAUGAAUAUAUAUGAUAUAUAUUUUUUCCUCGGUUAAGGUUGUCAACGAUUGUUGCGUUCCAAGGGGGCGCCAUAGCAGACUGUUUUAUAUAUUUUUUUAAACGCGUUUAAACAUAUGUACAAAUUAGACAAAAUAAGAGGUGGGUCCGACGUCGGUUUCGUUGGAGGUCAAGUGAUUUUUCAUUUUCAGAGAACGUCUCGGCAUGUCUCGGCAAUUUAGUUGAAACGAUUGUUGUAAAUAUUAGCGAUUAUAGGCUAAUUAAACUGCUUCUCGAUGGCACUCCUUUUUCGAUGACGAUAAACACGGAUGGGAUCAAGUGACUUUAUAUAUUUCAUACGAUAUAUAUAUAUGCCUAUAUAUAUAUCUAUAUACCUACGUAUUAUAUAUUGGAAAAAAAAUGAUCACAUAGUUUAAGAUAACUAAUCAUCACCAUUAUUUCGUUUAUUCAGCCCAGUCGGAAAUUAUUGACAGUGUUAUUAGCACAAAUCAGCGUCAUUGCACGGUACUUUCGGAAACAAUCGAUGGACAGUUAAUAGAACACAAUAUGCUUUUGUUGCGAAAUUAUGAAUACAAUAAAUGAUGUUUAUAACGGUGGAACCCCUUGGUACUGCAUUAUUAUAUACAGUAUUCACAUUCUCUUGUUUAAAUGAAAAAAAAAGAAUAAAAUGGAGGAGAAAAAGAACAAAGAAAUCGAGGAUCACGAAGUUGUCGUUGCUUUUCGCACAGAGACUGACCGUUUUAUUCUCUUAACAGAUAACCGCGACUUGGACGCAACGAUUCCGUGUAACAGUGAUAACAGAACGCUCCGUGUUCGCCGAGAACCGACUAACCGAUUUGUACCAUAAAACCGUAUCUUUUCGUACAAGAUCUUUCCUUAGGAGUGUAGCUACCCCGGAAUGUCGUAAGAUGGUAUUACGAAUGAAGCUUUAUUCCGAGAAUAGUGAUAUAUCGCGAUGAUAGUCGAUAAAAUAAUAGAAACAAGAAUGGCAUCUGACGGAUCGAGUGUUUCGCGAGGGUCGUAUAUACCCGUCUUCGUAAAAUAAUAGGCUCCAAAACAUCACAUCGUAGAAAACGAUUUCUUAAAUAAUCGUUGAAAAGAACGUUGUUUCAUUUCGUUGUCGAUCGAACGAGGAUCGUGAAAUUAACGUCGAUCGCCAUGGUACAGAAGCGCGCGCGACCAUUUGUAAAGUCGUCUGCAAAAGCUUCAUCGAUAACGCAUGCGAAUUAACAAAAACGGAAAAGAAAUUAUAGCUCGAGUAAAUUCAAGUUGAAUUUUCGGACGACUUUGCGACGAAGCGACGCGUGAGCCGCCAUCUUGCGAACAUACCGGAACAUUGCGCCGCCGUCAGAUAAUGCUUGUAAAUCUUAAUAUAUGCGCAAACCGAAGGAAAUAAAAUUGUGCGGUCGCGUGUUAUUUAGUAUUGCAUCGUUGAGAAGUACCCUUGUACAGUUCUAGGCUUGUUAAGUAGUGACACUGAGGAGAGGAGAGUGAGACGUGAUCGCUCUUUCUUUUCUAAACCACUCGUUAAAGUCACUGGUCCGAGAAAGCAUCGAGACAGCGUUCGUCGGUGUUUCGAGUGACUUUUCAUUAAAAAUAUCUAUGAAAAGAGUAUCUUGAUCAACGGGAAGCGAAUUUUUCGAAGAUGGUUCUUUUAUUGUAUCGUUUUUAAUAUUCUUACUGUUAUCAGUUUUAUAUUCGAUAUUUGAACGAGUUUUCAUACGAUUUUUUAAUGUUAUUUCCUUUUAACGCGUGAAUUGCAUGAAUUGUUUAGGUUCUUAACACGACAAUAAAAGAGAAAAAAGAAAGAUCACGUUCUUGGAUAGGGAAUGAAGGAGAACAAGUGGUUUUACUAGCCGUGUGCCUUGAGCAUUUGUCAUCGUUUAACACGCAAUUACGAUUUCGCUGUAUUCGUGUGUGGAUGUGAAUCGAAAUAGAUUGUAAUCAAUUUUGAAAUCUCACUUGAAAGAUGUAUAUAUUAAUAAGUAUCGCAGUCCAUAAGUUAUUACAUUAGUUAUUAACAUUAAUUAAACUAUAAAUGUUAGUCCAUCGUUAAGUCUAGUAUUAUAUUGAUAUGUGAUCGCAUAUAAAAGUUUCCAAAUAC